AAAUUAUUAGUUCCGAUUCCGAAUUCCGUUGUUGGUUGGACAUUUUGGGAAAAGUGAAAAAUUGAAAUAGAAACGCAGGCAUGUCAGAGGUCAACAAUCAAAUUCAAGUUGUUGAAAGAACUUGUCUACAAUGGGAAGAUUAUCAAAAUCAAUUCUCAGGUGUUGUUCGACAACUUCUAGACGAAAAUUGCAUGGUGGAUGUUACACUAUGUGUAUCGGGACAACGCAUUCUUGCUCAUCGCAUCGUUCUUUGUGCUUUCAGCACUUUCUUCAAAGAUUUGUUGAGUCAGGUGACUGACGAUCAUCCAGUUAUUAUUUUAACCGGCGUGUCUCCUGAAUGUGUCAAAGGAAUUAUUGAGUUUAUUUAUCAAGGAGAAGCCUAUUUUCCCGCAGAUAGUAUAAAAAAUAUUUUGGAUACUGCAUUUUAUCUUAAAAUUGCUGGAUUAAUGGAGUACAAAAUCAGUGAAACAGUUUCGAAAUUGAAGGAAGAUGCGGAAGAAAUUGAAAUAUCGGAUACAAAUUUGAAUGAAAUGGAGGAGGAGGAAGAAGUUUUGGAUGUUUUCGAGCAUGUUUAUGAAGAGACGAAUGAUCAAUCGGAACAGAGUGCAACUGAGGAAAAUUCUGAUAGUAAAAAAAGAAAAAGACGUUAUUCAAUGAAACGGGAAUACAGUGAAGAUAUGCUUGCUGCGGCUAUUAAUAAUUUACGUGAGGGACAAACAUUAAUUGAAGCUGCUACUAAAAAUCAUAUUCCUCGUUCUACAUUGUAUAUGCGAGCAAAAGCCUUAGGAAUUCAAUUGCAGGCUUGCAGAAAUGAAUAUCCUGCCGAGUGUAUGAAAGGAGCAAUUGACGCCGUCAUCGGAGGAUCGAGUUUGCAGACUGCUUCGGAAAUGUUCGGUAUUCCAAAAACAGUUCUUUGGCGACGAAUGCAAAAGGAGGGUUAUCAAGUUUUUCGACCAGAACUGAAGAGGAGUUAUGGUUCGGAUAAAAGGGAAGCGGCAGUAAAAGCAUUAGAAAGAGGGGAAAAUCUAUCGAAAGUGGCGCAAGAAUAUCAAAUACCAAAGACAACGUUGUUCAGGGACAAGACAAAAUUAAUUGAUCAAGGUAAGUUACCAACGUCGUUUUGGAAGAAGAGAAAAACAGAAAACGAAGCUGUUAAACAAUUUCGACUCGAGGAAGCAGUAGCUGCGUGCAAAAGUGGAAAAAUGUCACAAGCCGCCGCAUCAGUUUGUUAUCGAAUUCCAAAAACAACGAUAUGGAGGCGAUUGCAGCAGGACAAUUCGAAAAAUAAGAGGAAAACUAAAUCAACUGGUGCAAUUAAUGCAACCGCUAACACUAUUGACGCUAAUGAAUUCACAUUUUGUGAAGUUACAUCAGGAAUUCCAAUCACUUAUAUAGACGAGAAUAGUAUUCCCGAAGAUUCCGUCAUAAUUCUCACAACAGAAGAUGUCGACGAAUUGAGUUUGGAAAAUCGAGCCCAAAUUAUUGUCAAUUCGAAUGUCAAUGAAGAAUUCAUUUCCAAUUCGGAAGCGGAGCCCACCUACACUGUUUCGAAGAGUUAGCAAAUGCUUCUUGCAAAGAAUGUAUAGCUAUUAGAUUAAUCUACGCUAAGAAAUUUAGUCAGUUUGUUUCAUAAAUUCACAUAUAGAUAUAUAUUUAAGGUAUGUAGUAUUUUUUUCAGUUUUUAUAUUGAAAAGUAGAAGAAAGAAUUUAAUAGAAUUUUCUAUUGAUACAAAAAAAAGGAUCAAUUCUUGAUCAUCUAGCAAUAUUUUUUGCACCAAUUUGUUCUUAAGCAAAAGAUUUGUUCAUUUAUAACGUGGAUGAAAUUUACAAUCAACGAUUAGAAAGAAAAAAAAAUAUUUUUGUUUUACUAAUUUUUCUUUUGAGUUGUCAAUGAAGAAACGUGAAAAUUUCUCUUAAACGACAAUAAUUUUAAUAGAAAAGAAUUUUUUUAGCUGAACAAUUUUAGAAUUUGUUUUCUCAUUUAUACAUUUUCUUCUUAAUCGUUCAUUAUGUUUGUGAACUUCAUCAACUGUUUAUAUAUUACUGUACAAGUUUUGCAAAUUAAAAUAUUUAGUUUAUGAAUAGUCAAUUAAUUUAAAUUAGAGAAACGCGAUUGACGAUUAAGAAUUUUGCAUUCUGUACAGUAAUAUAUAAUAAUUUUGCAAGUGAUAAUAAUUUACGAACAUUUGCAAAUGUUUAGUAUUUACAUUGAUAUUUCAUUUUAGUUGAAAUGUAUUAUAAACAAUUAAUUAUUAAUGUUCAAAAAAUAAAAUAUAUAAAUAAGUUUGAAA